GCCCAGGUUGCCAUGGUGGAGGUGCAGCUGGAGGUGCAGUACAAGUACCCCCAGAUGCUGCUGAUCGCUUUCAGCGCCUGCACAACCGUGCUCGUGGCGGUUCAUCUCUUCGCCCUUCUCAUCAGCACCUGCAUCCUGCCCAACGUGGAAGCGGUGAGCAACAUCCACAACCUGAACUCCAUCAGUGAGUCGCCGCACGAGCGCAUGCACCCCUACAUCGAGCUGGCCUGGGGCUUCUCCACCGUCCUGGGGAUCCUCCUUUUCCUUGCCGAAGUCGUGCUGCUCUGCUGGAUCAAAUUUCUGCCCGUGGGCUCCAUCCUGAAAAACGAGACGACCAACGUCGAGAAGCCCAGCGGCCACGCGGGUUGGCAGUCGGCGCUCGUCUCCACCAUCAUCAUGGUGCCCGUGGGGCUGAUUUUCGUUGUCUUCACCAUCCACUUCUACCGCUCGCUGGUGCGGCACAAAACGGAGCGCCACAACCGCGAGAUCGAGGAGCUUCACAAACUGAAAGUGCAGCUGGACGGGCACGACAGAGGCAUGCAGGUGGUGUGA